ACGCAUGCUUUCAGAAAAAUGAUAAAAAUAAAUAAAUACAAACAAACAAACAAGGCGCCGUUGCUCUUCUUCAUCACACUCCACUGUUUUCAAUUCUCGCUUCAUCUUCUCUCUCUGAUAUGGAUGCUGUAGGAGGCCAAGGCAUGUAUCCUUUGCACCGUUGCAAGACUAUCCACUUGGUGAGACAUGCCCAAGGUUUCCACAAUGUGGCUGGAGAAAAGGACCACAGUGCAUACAUGUCCCCAGAGCUUUUUGAUGCAGCACUUACCCCUCUUGGAUGGCAACAGGUAGACAAUCUGCGGAAGCAUGUCCAUUCCAAAGGUAUUUCAAAGAAGAUUGAAUUAGUAGUUGUUUCCCCUCUAUUAAGGACAAUGCAAACUGCUGUUGGGGUUUUUGGUGGCGGAGGUUUUGAUGAUGGAAUCAAUGCCGAUCCUCUAAUGACAGAAAAUGCUGGGGAGAGCGAUCGUUCAGCAAUUUCAAGUCUAAAUGCCCCGCCAUUUGUGGCAAUGGAACUUUGUCGAGAGCAUUGGGGAGUUCACUGGUGUGACAAGAGAAAGAACAUAACUGAGUAUAAGCCUCUCUUUCCUGCUAUUGAUUUUUCACUGAUAGAAACUGAUGAGGACACUCUCUGGACUGUAGAUGUUCGAGAAACUAAUGAAGAAGUAGCUGAAAGAGGCCAGAAGUUCUUGAACUGGUUGUGGACGCGGGAGGAGUCUGAGAUAGCUAUUGUUACUCACAGUGGAUUCUUACUUCAUACCCUUACUGCAUAUGGAGAUGACUGCCAGCCUCCUGUGAAGGAAGAGAUCUGCAGACCAUUCAACAAUUGUGAACUUCGAUCAAUGGUGUUUGUGGAUAGAAGUAUGGCUGCAUCAAGUUCCUCGAAAACUAAUUUCCCAGGAAAAAUACCAGACGGGACAGAUGCUCCUAGCGAAGACAACGUUGGGAAAAACUGAUGGCUGCUUUGGAUUGACAAGAAAUUUGGUUGUGAAUUUUCCUGAACAUGGUUAAGUUAUUGGGGAUUUUUUUCAGUAGGAAUUCAAAUUUAAGUAGCUCAAGUUAUUUAAACUCUACCACCACUAUUUAUGAUUAGACAAAACUUCAGCAGAAAAUCACUAUUUAAUUUGCACGUGCAUAUCAAUGAUAUCAUUACAAGCUAAA